GCAAAAUGAUCGUCUAAGGUCAUCCAACUUAGAUGCCAUAAUGAUUUACUACAACACAAAGGUUUUUUUUUCCUCUCUAUUCUCUUGCGGGGGAAAAGAACUACAAAUGCUCUAUUUGUCUUGUUCCAAGUAGCAGCAGGGGUGGGGAGUAACAGUGUUUGUGCUGUUCACAUGUGUGUGCUGACCUUUUUGAUCUAAGCAUGUUUGGUUGCAAAUGGAAAAGAAUAUGUCGGUAUUGAUGAGAAUAAUUCCUUAUGUUAUUCCUAAGGAUUGAUUAAUGGUGCCUAAUUUGCAGCAUUAAUUGACAACGGACUUUGAAUUCCAACCUGAUUCCCCAAUAGUAACGUGGAGGAGUUGAAGCAGAAACUCAUGCAGACGACUUUCGAACUAGAGUCCUUAAAAAUGGAAGCAAAUGAAGAAAGUAUAAAGAACAAAGAGAAAGUGAAGAGCUUACUUCUUCUCCUGCAGGCAGCAUAUGAAGAAAGAGACGAAGCAAGAGAUCAGCUGCAGAAACUGAUGAGCAAAUUUGUGCCAAGUACUACUGCAACUGAAUUACCAGCCCUGCUUCUUUUCCAACCUGAAAGCCCUCUCAACAUACCCACCAAAGCAAAUUCAAGCAUCACAGAAUCAAACAGUCUCUAUGAAACUUAUAAUCACCAAUCUUAUGGUUCUUCACCUGCAGAUUCUUUCUUUGAUGGAGUUUCAUCACCAGAUUUCUCUACUGCAAACAUGGCUGAUUCAUGCAAAAUGAGCUUUGUAAAUCAGCCAUAUGUCACGGAGUAUAAUGCCCCGCAGCCUCUGGCCACAGGCGUGGACACUCCCAAAACAGAAAAGCCCGAUCCAUUUUCUGCAGUGAUUGAUAAUCUUGUAAAGGGAAAAGCGUUACCUCAGAAAGGCAAGCUUCUGCAAGCUGUUACAGAAGCAGGACCUUUACUUCAGACGCUUCUGGUUGCUGGACCGCUUCCCCAAUGGCGUAAUCCUCCGCCAUUGCAAGCCUUUAAGAUUCCCUCUCUUCUAGUGAAUGGCUGCAACACUAAGAACAUCAAUCAAAACCUUCCUUCAAAACCCAGUAGCCCUUCCCCAAAGCCACUGCAUUCUCUUUUACACACUGAAAUGUUUCGUGGAUCUUCUCAAAUUUGUUCAGCUUCUUCCAUGUUUAGCUUCAACAGUGCCUUUCUGAUGGCUCCAAAUGUUAACACUCAGAUUCUAGCAGCAAAGAGACAGAAAAUUCAAUGACCACCAUUGUACAAAUCAAUAUCUGGAGUUGGCAGUGUAAAAAAUGACUUAGUAGUCUUAUUGACGUGAUUUGAAGUUUCAAUUACAUUAAAGUUAACU